UCGGGGAGCUCAGGCUGAGUUGAGGAAAGACCCUAGAAGUGAAGUACACUAGAACCCUUUCAAAACAUACUAAUGUGUGCCUUUAAAAGAAUCCUUCUCCCAGCGCUGAAAAUGUGCUGCUCCUUCACUCGCCCGCAGGCCAUCCAAGAUGCAGAUCAGUGUUUUCUUCAGUGGCACAGUACAGAAGAUUUUCAGCUGAAAAGCUUGGUGAUUCAUUCAAGUCAGUGGUCACUUUGAGAGUCACAAAAGCACAAUGUUAUAGUCUACCAGUGGCUCCUGAUGAUGAUGGUGAGGUCUUAUGAAGAGAAACGAUCGGUCUGUGAACGAAACAGAAUAUUGUAAAGAGCUCAGCUCAUAAAUGAUGGGCAAGCCUGUAUUCUGCUGUGAGCUGCUCAGUGUGUGUGAUGUGUGUACAGUCAUUGAUCACAUGACACACGUGCGGAUCAGUUACUCCAGACAGCUUGGAAACCUGUAAAUACAGAUUUUAAACAAAGACUUGGUGUUGAGUUGCAGUGACACACCGGUGUCGAGUCACAGAAACAUACUUUCAGCACGAGUUUGAGUUCUGUAGCACAUUUAAAACAGCAUCGUUACUUACAGUCACACAUGAACAUUUCAAACCCCUUCACUCUAAUCAAUUCUAAAAGCGCUGCUAAAAAGGUACGAUUUCGGUCAUGACUUCACAGAUAGGGAAGAUUUAAUAUCACCCUUUGAUUUGAUCUGGUUUUAGGAACAUGAAGAUCUCAUGUUUCUUGUAUUUUGAUAAGGACUCAACAAGAUAUUUUGGGGCAAUGCCAUGCAACGCUUUAAAAACCAUCAAUAAGAGCUUCAAUUCAAAUCUACAUCUGACAGGGAACCGGUGUAAAGAGACCAAGACUGGGGUUAUUCUCUCUCUCUCUGCUGUGUGCGAGUCAGAAGUCUGGCCGCAGCAUUCUGUACUAACUGAAGAUGAGAUAACUGACCCUGUGAUAUGUACAGAAUUACAGUAAUGGAUGCGUGAUGAUGAUACAGAGGCAUGAGUCAUAGUCUCAGCUUCACAACACUAGCUGUGCCGCCGUACAGUGAACACAGAUUAACUCAUAAAGUCAUCAUACAGUGCAUGAAUAUAGAGUUUGGAACAGGAUCACACCUCUGUCAGAGUCGACUCAGGAGACGUCUGCAGGCCUGUGAGCACUGGUGAACAUUAAUGAAGCUGCAAACAGAUCCUCCUGUUCCACAGGUGUAGUGUUUUCUGAAACCGGAUCGGCUGACGAAACGAGCAGCUGCUCUCUGGACUCGCUCAGACCGGCCAGAUGGAUCCCAAGAGCGUCAUCAGACUCAGUCACUGUGACAAGGACAUCUACUGCUUCUUCGUGCCGGAUCAGUGUCCCGAGUGCGGCGUCAGCUUCAGCGGGAAGCGUCUGGAGGAGGCGCCGGUCAGCGUCCCGAGCCCCUUCAGUAACGGACACAAAGAACCGUGUGCUUUCCUCGUGGCCUCCACAGAGGACAGUGUGCUCAGGGACUUUGAUGGCAGUUCUGAUCUACACACAGGAAUCACCAACACCAGGGGAAUAGUGUACAACUACACGCGGUCGGGUGUCCAGAGAGAGGCUCAGGGCUGGGAGCGCUGUGUGUGUGUGCCGCUGGUGCAGCCCGACAUGUUCAGUCUGAUGAGCCAGUGGGACCAGUAUCUGGAGAAGUUCUCCUGCGCUCACAGCUGGGACCCGUCCUGCCACAGCUUUAACGAGGAGAGCCACAACUGCUACAGCUACUCGCUGACGUUCAUCAACUGUGUUCUGGCCACGCAGUCGAAGCCAGCGCUGAGUAAAGAUGAGUUCACACGCUCCUUUGUGCUUCCUCGGAUCAAACGAGCUUCCAAGUACCUGAUGCUGUGCCGCGAGAUUUCCCAGAACCACUUCUACAUCGUGGACAGUCCACGCAGAAACUCAGGCGAGGGUCCGAGUGAGGACGAGGACAGCAAGAACAAAUGAGACGCCUGUGCUCAAGACCCUCCUAAUCUGACCUUUCUCAGCUCCUUACUCUUCUUGUAUCAAAGUGAAUAAUGCCUAAACGUGCCUGUCGAUCUGCACUCUACUGAACUAAAAUAACACUUUUGUAAAACCUUCCAGACGUUUGCUUUACACAUGUGUGUCCCUGCAGCACAGAAGCAGUCAUCAGCAGCACAGGUAUAUUUGUAGCAAUAGACAACAAUACAUUGUAUGAGUCACAAUUAUACAUUUCUCUUUUAUGUCAAAAAUCA